CUGGGGAUGGUUUCUGGUACACCAUAGGGUAGCUCCUUCCACCACCAGGUAGUAAGAACAGUUGCCAACAGAACUUGAAUACCGCCUAACUCGGGCUGAUUUGCACAGCCUUCAAGUUCUCAUCACGUCUUUACCCCUCACUUUCUUGACACCCAUCCUGAGCUUUCUCCCCAGACACUUCCACCCAUCUCAAAGGCAUUCAGAUCAUAAUGCUUUGCGCCAACUGCGGAACCGAGUUUCGAGAGGCUCUCGACUCCAUAGACCGCUGGGCGGCCCUCUGGGACGUCUUGCUCGAGCAGCCCGCGUACCAAUCCUUCACCCAUGGGUUGAACCUGCAGCAAAGUCUGUGCGAUUUUCACGGUUCCAUUUUACUGGAAUGUUUUAUCUGUCGACGCAUCUGGGCAUGUAUCUACUCAUCGAUGCACGAGCGCGGCAUCGAGUGCGUCAUCCCUGAGACAUACAGCGAAUUCGCCAGUGAGGUCGGUCAUAUUGGAGUGGGCGAGCCAUUUCCCUCUAGGAUCCGUUCCGAUGCAUGGUUCGAAGAUCGGACCUACCAGAAUGGCAUGGUUGAUAUGUAUGGGUUUGGGCGUGACUCAAGAUACCCCUGGGGACUAAUCUUCUCUCUACGAUCCGUUCAAGAAGGGGAAGACCAAGUUCGAGUUGGAAACAUAAGCGUCGAGGCACUUGGCAACUCUACAGCUUCCGUACCUCAGUUAUGGAACCACUGGCUUCGAACCUGCUUGAAUUCACACCACGUCUGCCGUUCGCUGGAACUAAGAGACGCCUGCCUUCGUGCCGAAGAGGCUCGUCAAGAUACUACCGCCCGGCGGAGACCUCAACCAACUGAAGUGGCAUCUGGUCUUCCCCAACGGCUCCGAAGCCAUUGACUACGUCACGUUGAGUCACUGCUGGGGCUCUCAUCAGCCAGCCAACUAACCGCUUCCACGCUCUCCGCAUUUUCAAAGGAAUGCUCGGUGGAAAUUCUACCCAAGACGUACCGGGACGC